UGUUCUUCUGUGUUCUUCUUCUAAUAUUUAAAUGUGAUUAACAUUAUUAAUAUGUAAUUUUCGUAUCAGAAAAUAGUUAACAUCCUAUUUUUUUUAAAGUGUAAUUCGAUCAAUCAAAAUUCUAAUUAAAAUUAAUAUCUACCUAUCAAAUACAAAAUUACUAGGUACUUCACUUAUGAUUUUAUCGUUUUAUGAAAUAAACUGAGCCCAAAAUGUCGGUACCUAUAAGGAAUCAACCUGGAAAUUGCAACACUUUAUUUUUUUUGAUGAUAAGUAGAUUAAAAUGGUGUUAUCGGAGGUACAAAACAUUUGGCAUUGAUUUUACAAUUUCAUGUAUUAUACAAAAAUAUAUAUUAUUUGACAAAUCAAAUGGUUUCAUACCGCUGAACUUUUUAGCACCGUAAGGGAAAAAAGACCAAUAAAUUACCUGCAUGUCGCAAAUACUUCAUUCAAAUAACAAUCAAUUUGUGAUCGAACUUCACCGGAGCUCUACACCACCCCUACAUAUACAAAAUGUCUGACUCUGAAGUAUACGACUUCAACAACGGCGGCAGCGUGGUCGACCUCUCGGAGAGCCAGUGGCGACAGCGGCGCGCAGCCCCGACCCUGAGCCCCGCGCUCACGCUCGACAGCGAGGACGAGGACACAGUACAACUCUCAAAACCGAAGGAAUCGCGUAAGCGAAAAUCUGCUCCGCCGGCGUCGACCCAAACGAAGAAAAAGUCUGCGUCGACGUCCCGUGGAAGCAGCCAGCCUGCGGCCACCCUGACUCCGAGCGCUCGCAAGCUCCAGUUUGCGGACCUGUUCAACGCGUCCGACGACGUCGCUACUGUGACGGAACGGAGGACAGCUGCGCUCCAGUCGGUGCUGUGGCGGCGCGUCGCGGGAGGCCUAAUAAAGAGGGCUGAAGAACUGGCCGGCAACCUGUUUGUGGAGGUACGGGUGUACAACCGGGACGAAAUCGCACACCUCGACGCCCGCGACCGCUACUGGAAAGCGCUCGUCAACUUGCGCUAUCAGGUUGACGAGUCCGAGCCAGAGCUGCAGGCUCUUUUUAAAUUUUUAAAAUCAGCCAAGGCCAAAUUUACCCACGAGGGUACAUUUUGCCUUGAGACAACUAAAAAAUAGUUUUUUUUUUGUCGUAGGUAGGUAGGUAAUUUUCUUUGGUUUUGUUUAUUACCACAAUCAUGUCUAGUAAAAACAUUUACUGUGAGGUUUGUGACAAGACAAUCAAUAGUAAGGGCUUCUCCGCACAUCUUAAGUCAAUUUUACAUAAAAAUAAUUGCGUUGUUCAAGUCAGUGAUAAUAUUUUAAAAAUUAACAGUGCAUUUAGGAAUCG